AUGGACGUGUCUCAGUACACAUGCGCCACAACGCCUACCACGGCGGCCACUUCUUCCCUGAUGGGGGAUACAAUGCCCCGGAAGUCGUUGCCAGGCAGGCGCGACAAACAGAUGCUGCAGGAGUUUGACCACCACGCACGAGCUCCAUAUUCCUUCUUCGCGACGCCAACUGGUUCCCCCCGAAAUCAUAGCCCCCCACCUGCCCGAGACGGCGCUCCCUAUUAUUUGCUCGUUUCGCUACUUUCCUAUGGCCGCCCACCCACGCAUAAGAACAUGAACCGCAAGGACCUGUUAUGUGUCAGCUUGGCGACAGAUUAUUUGGUUCAAUAUAUCCAGGAAAUUCGCGUGCAACUUGCUGAACAGUUGAAAUGCUUUGGGGAACGGACGGAAACUCAGAUCCACAUCCUUUCCGAGCUCGAAGAGUAUUAUCGAAAACGUGGCGAACUAGAAGCGGAACAGUCGCGUCAAUUGGACAAAUUGGCGAAGGGCAUUUUGCAGAAGCAUAAGGCGGACAAAUCCAGACGGGAAGCUUGGCAACAGCACUCGGCUUAUACUAUCUGGGAGCAAGUCGUCGAUGAUACAAAAGAAGAGGCCAAGGAGAGGAUGAGGAUCGGCGAAUUCUAUUCGAAGGAAGUCACCUCGAGUAUCGCACAGCGCUGUGAUGACCUCGCUCGGAUCAGUAAAAAGUGUCGAGAAAUUGGAACUCUUUCGCAUGGCGAAAUCAUGCGGGUUUUGACCGAAUUGCACACUUCUAUGAAAACCUACCAGAUCUGCUAUGGCGAAGCCUCGGGCGUCGAGAAAAAGCUGCGGAUCGCCGAGGAGGAAGUCAAGAAGUCCGAGGAGUCCAUUCGAGGAAAAUCUGUUACGCGCAAACACAAAAACUUGUUGAAAUAUCUGGAGAGGCGUCAAGCAAAAUGGAACGAGAAGAAGAUCAAGUGGACGAAGGCAAGGAACGAGUACCUGCUUUGCAUCAAGGCUGCCAAUGCCGCGCUGCAUCGCUUUUUCGCUGAUGACCUCAGCUACUUGGUUGAUUGUAUGGACUUGGGCAUGGAGUUCUGGCUGCGCCAUUUACUUGACCAAAUCAUUGCAAGCCGCAAGAAAGUCACGCAAAAGGAGAUGGAGUCGUUGGGCGAGCUGGGAACGAAAAAGAGCGCGCUCGAUGGAAAGCUGGACAAGAAACGGUUUUUCGAAGCUAACAACUCUGCCUUCAUGCUGCCUCGACAGUUUGAAUUCCGACCUCAAUUCGGUGACUCGCUUGCGACGGUUUCUGCCGAACAGACAAUUGCCAACGAGCUGAAGCAGCGUCAAUUGCAAAUAACCAAACGGCUUGAGGCGCUACGAUUCGAGAGCGAUGAGGUUUGGAAAAGUCUCGAAGCCUCUGAAAAGAAGCUGUUCUUCCUCUACAAAGACCAGGAGCAGGACGUCAACAAAUUGAGAAGUGACCUUCUCGUCACUUACCAAUAUUAUCUCAAGAAAUUCGAAUACUUCUUGCUGAACGGUAAUCUCGUCGAGCGGCUGGAGGCGAGGAAUCACUUGAUUGGAGAAGCCCUCUCUGAACAAGGCGUGGCGGGUGGUAGUCGCAAUGGCAGCGAGGCACCCUCAAUUGAUGGCGAGCGCAUUGGCCGCAAAAGAACGCGACGAAUUGGUCAGCAUCCUGACCGACCCCGUCCCAAACUGUUCGGUGGUAGUUUGGAGGAAUACGUGGAAAUGUCUGGAGAGCCGAUCCCAUUGAUCGUCUCCUCUUCGAUAGAAUUCUUGGCCAGAUACGCGCUACGGCAUCAAGGCUUGUUCCGCAUUUCUGGCUCUCAAUCCGAGAUCAACCGCUUCAAGGAAUCCUUUGAAUCAGGCACGGAUUUCUGUCGAAAU